AUGAAGAGAGGAAGAGGUGCUGCAGGUGGUGCUAAAAUGAGAAUUACUCUUGGUUUGAAUGUUGGUGCUCUUAUAAAUUGUUGUGACAAUAGUGGUGGUAAAAACUUAUACAUCAUAGCAGUUAAAGGUACCGGUUCAUGCUUAAAUCGUUUACCAUCCGCUUCUAUUGGUGAUAUGGUAUUGGCAACUGUUAAAAAGGGUAAGCCAGAAUUGAGAAAGAAGGUAUGGCCAGCAGUUAUUGUACGUCAACGUAAAGCUUUUAGAAGACCUGAAGGUACCUUCCUUUAUUUUGAGGAUAAUGCAGGUGUAAUUGUUAAUCCAAAAGGAGAAAUGAAAGGUUCUGCAAUUACUGGUCCAGUUGGUAAGGAAUGUGCAGAAUUAUGGCCAAAGAUCUCUGCUGCUGCUCCUUCUAUUGUUUAA